AUGUAAGCAACUACUCUUAGUAUAAAUAUGGUCAACGUAGGUUUAAGUUAUUUAUAUUAUCCCUGGUUUGUAAAAGUAUCGAGAGUAUCUUCCAUCCCUGGAAUGCGAAAACGAAAAAAAAGAAAAACAUUCUAUAAAACGUGGACGGCGUGAUCGGAAGAUAAGAACCGGAAUAACUACAAGUAUACAAUAAAGACACCAUACUAUAAUUCAGAAGUGGUAACUGAACCUAACCGAGUUAUAUUGGAAUAGGAAAAUAUUAAAAUGGCUUCACGCAUUAAUCUCGGCGAACUAAAAUUAGUGGAAAUCAAAAGUUUCUGUGACAAAUUUGGUUUAUCCACAAAAGGAAGCAAAGCCGCACUAGUUGCGCAAAUAAAUGCUGUACUACCGUCUGAAAUUGCUCCGGAGUUGUACUGCGAGGUGUCUACAGGCGAAAUUGGUGCUGGGAUGACUGACGCCAAUGCAGCCAACAACAACAACGAAGAACAAGAUGGCGAGAUGGCUGUCGCCAAUGCAGCUAACAACAACAACGAAGAACAAAGCGAAGAAGAAGAUGACGACGUGUUCGGCGACGAACCUAAACUUGUCGAGACAGUUGAUCGUGAUGGCGUUCAACUUGAAGGAAACGGCGUUCAACCAAGUGCUCCAACCUUUGGCGUUCAACGUAAUCCAGGUGGCAACGCUGCGGAGAUGAACUUAAACACCGUCAGAGAGCUACUCCCAGAAUACAACGGCGAUGGCAACAUAAACGAAUGGUUGAUGGUGGUUAAAAACGUUCGUGAUGUGUUCAAAGUUAGUAAUGACGUCAUGCGUCCAUUAAUUUGCUCACGCUUGAAGGGCAAGGCUAAUUUUUGGCUGUUAUCUCGACCAUCACUGUUGGCUGGAAGUAUUGACCUAAUUCUGGCAAAACUAAAAAUUUUUGUCGGAACCAAGGAUAACGUCUUGGAAAUGCGACGCAAGUUUGAAAACAGCAAGUUGCAGUUCGGCGAGAAAUUUGCUAUCUACUUUUUUGACAAGCUUACUCUGGCACAAAACAUCGCUAUGAGUGUUCACGAACUAGUGCAGUACUUGAUAGAUGGCAUACAAAAUGUACAACUUAAAAAUCAAGCGAAACUACUACGUUUUGCAGUGCCUGCUGAUAUGUUGGAAGCCUUUCAAGAUGUAGAGAAACCCAGAGCUCCGGUACGUAGGAUGCAAGGAACGGCUUCAUCAAACGCUGCGACUCCGGAACAGAGGGUCAAAUGCUUUAACAGCCACAGUCUUGGUCAUCUGGCUAAGGACUGCCGCAAGCUGGUACGAGGUGAUAGAGCUUGCUAAGCCUGUGGAGAGGUUGGACACUUGGCUAAAGAGUGUUCAUUGUACAAGAAGAGAGAAUAUAGCAACGAAUAUGUAAGACAUUUUAAAGUCCAAUUUAAAAAUACGAUACACAUUUCUUACAAAUUUUAUUACAUAGAGUGCCUCAUAGAUUCGGGAAGUAGUCAGUAACUUAGUCAUUGAAGAUUACAAGUAGAAUAAUACAUUUUUCGGAAUAAACGAAAUUAAACUUAAUGUAAUGGUAGUAGGACGCGAUUUAUUAAAUUUAAGUAAUUUUAAGCUUGUAGAAGUA